AGUGCAAACGAAGAAAACGCGUUCGUGGCUUAUGAACGAGAGCUUGUCGGUUCGUAUGCAUUAAAUUGUAGUUAGGGGUUAAUCACAAUCAAGUCUUGGUCUCAGAAAAUUCGCUGCCGCCCUUUUUACUGUCGGGUAACACACAGUAAGCUGAGUUCUCUUCCUGCAUGCCUUAAUUGAACCAGUCUUAUGGUCCACGCCUUCCACAGCCUCCACUUUUCUCCUUCCUUCAUUCUUUUUUUUCUUCACGACAAGUCCUCCAAAACCAAUCUAUGCAUCAAAAUCUGAUAGGAAAAGAAAUCCGUCACAACAAGAGAUGACCGAACGGGUGAAUAUUGCAACGGUGGCAGCCACCGUCGGAUGUCUUUCAACCCUUUUGUUGGUUUUUGUUUUGCGUUGGUGUUAUCGCAGAAAGGGAAGGAAUUUCGUCGAGCCGGGAAGUCUCACCAGAAUGACGAGCCUCCAAGCAGCCACUGAUAGGCUCCAUCCCCAGCAUCUCCCCCAACAAUCCAGUGUUCAUCAUUCGUUUGAUCAGGGAACCAAGAACAGGGGCAAUUAUUUUGUGUUUCAUCGUGGGAUCUCCGGAAGGCCUUUGUUCAGUUGGGCUGAUCAUCCCUAUCUGGCCGCCGAUGCUGUGGAAAACGGAUGGUCUCGAUUUGCUUUCACGGCCUGCAAGACCCACAUGUCGUCUCCUUCAAAAAGAUCGACCCUUUUGGGAGUGUGUGCAGCGGGUGAUCAAGGAAGAGAAACAGAGGUCGAGUUGACCUGGGAAGUGAGUCAGGGAUCCGCCGAUUUUAUGCAGAAGAUAAGAUUGAAUCCUGGGCUUAAAAGGGUUCAUCCAAACAAUCCUUCUUCGACUGUUGCUUCGGUGAUCAGGACGGCUCUGCCUCUUCCCGGCCCUCCUCUGGGAAACCAUUCCUUCCCUCAAGAGGCCUAUUUUGAAAUUACCAUUCUGUAUACUCGUGGGGAAGAUUAUGAAUCGGUUGGGAAGAACAGAGAAGGCGAGAAGACUAAACUCAUUCAGGAAGGGAAAUCGGAGGCUUUGGUCCAUGUUAUCGGUAGUCAUAAAAUUAACAAUGUCGAAGAGGUCAAACUUGAUGGUAAAAAGAACGAUUCUGUGAUUUUUUCUUUGGGGUUAACAGCGGGAGGCUCUGUUCCUUUGAGAGUUCCCGGUAGCUAUCCUGGGAGCAUCGGCUUCAAUUCCAACGGUUCUGUCUCUCUUGAUGGAAUGAAGCUGGUAUUCGAGUCCGAUAAGGCAGAAUGGGUAGGAAGUGAUAAGGUGAUAGGGUGUGGGUUUGAUCCGAGGCAGAAGAAAGUUUUGUUCACGUUGGACUCAGAGUUGGUGCAUGUAAUUCACUGUCAGUCAGAGGAAUUUGGGACUCCGCUAUAUCCAACAUUGGCUGCAAAUAUCGACAUCCUAGUAUCAGUAAAUUUUGGACAAAGUGCAUUUAAGUAUGCACCUGCGAAUGCACAAAGAACACCAAAUCCAUGCUUUGUAGCCCCUCUUGUAAAUUCCCCUGCCAAUACCCUCGGCUACGACGACAGCAAGGAAUUGUUUUCAAUGGGAAGAAUUGAUGCUCAGUGGCUGAAUCGAUCUGCAACCAAAGGCAGCCACAAUGGUGGGGCCAAUAAUCGAGUGGUGGAUUUUGAUGAAGAGUCCGAGGCUGAUCUAUUUGAAAUCGUCCUGGAUGGUUCUGAAAAACCUCCUGGCUCAACGACGUCGUAGCUUCCUUCUGUACAGAUGAUGGUGCGUCUGUCAUCCAAUUUGCCCUGCUUUUGGCUUCUAACUUCGUUGCUGCUUGAGUUGUCCCAGUGAACUUGGCUUUUGCCUUGAGAUCAUACAUCAUGGGCUUUGUUUGAAACUGUGUUUCUUGUCCUGUCUCACAUCGUCUCAGUGAUACCUACCAUGACGUGGGGCAAAAUGCUGUAUCAUCAAAUCCUUCAAGAUCAUACAAAAUACAGAGACACAAAGGUUCAUAGACAUUGCAGACCUUUUAUAGUUACACGUGAAGGGUUUAACUUCCGCUACUAACCUGUCACAUACAGCUGUCUUCCCCCUCCCCCGGGGUCAAAAUAUAGUUUUGUCUUUUGCAAGAUGACAUUCUUUUUCUCUGUAUAUAAUUUACGUUAUAAAAUUUGCCCUUUUUUUGA